AUGCCCCAUCUCCGAGCUCACGAAGUUCAGCAGCUGUUGCACAACAAGUUCGUCGUCGUCCUGGGGGACUCGAUUCAGAGAGCCGUCUACAAGGAUUUGGUGCUCCUGCUCCAGAAGGACUGCCUGCUGUCUUCCAGUCAGCUGAAGAGUAAAGGCGAGCUGAGCUUCGAACACGACGUGCUGCUGGAGGGCGGCAGGUGGGGACGCAUGCACAAUGGCGCCCACUACCGCGAGGUGCGCCAGUUCUGCUCCGGCCGCCACCUGGUGCGCUUCUAUUUCCUCACCCGCGCCUAUUCGCCCUAUGUUGAGGACAUCUUGCAGCAGCUGCGAUGGGGUGAGUAUGCCCCCGACGUGGUGAUCAUGAACUCGUGCCUCUGGGACCUGUCCAGGUACAGAAGCAAUUUCCUCCGAAACUACAGAGAGAACUUGGAGAGGCUCUUCCAAUGCUUGCAUCAGGUGCUGCCCGCCAGCUGCCUCAUGAUAUGGAAUACCACCAUGCCCGUGGCUGAGGUCGUAUCCGGGGGCUUCAUCCUGCCGGAUGCUUCGGGCGGCCCCACACGCCUGCGUGAAGAUGUGAUGGAGGCCAAUUUUUACAGCUCCUCGGAGGCGUCUAGGCGUGGUUUUGAUGUGCUGGAUCUCCACUUCCACUUCCGCCACGCAGGGCAGCAUCGGCUGAGCGACGGCGUACACUGGGAUGAGCGCGCACACCGCUACCUCUCGCAGCUGCUGCUGGCACACGUGGCAGACGCCUGGGGCGUGAUCCUCCCAGCCCAUAACCCCGUGGGAAGGUGGAUCAGGGAUGUUCCUGCAGGAAGACAGCCAGACCGGGCAGACCGAAGGCAGCCUCGAGACCACCAUCACCGUGAGCAGCGGGAACCUGCUGGGGCCAGGCAUUCUCCCUCUUCCAGGUACCAUCACCACCAUCACCACCACCACCACGACCACUAUAACCACCACCACCACCACCACCACCACCACCACCACAGCCCUCAGAGAUCUUCUUCCCACCCUCGAAACCUGCCCAGCCGCAGAGAGGACCGUCUUCCCUCCUCUCCAUCUUCCCAACAGCCACCCUUCCAUAGAGAUUCCCCGAGGCGCAGGCAUGGAUACUCCAGGGAAACCAACUCAGCUGAUCGUGAGCAUAGACCCGGCCCUAUCCGCAGAGUCUAUUCCCACCAUGAAACCAGGGAGGCUACCCCUUACCCUACCCGGCACCACAGUGAGUCACACAGAUCUCAUAGAAGGCACAGCCAUCAUCGACACACCUAA